AACCCAGUCACUCCUCCCUGCUUCUGCUUGUCUCUCUCUCUCUAUCAGCUGUCAUCUCCUUUGCUGAUCUUUGCUUCUCAUCCCUUCCUGUGUGUGUGUCUCUGUCUGUCUUGGUGAGAUCUCCUCCUUCUGCAGCUGUCUCUUCCCCCAUCUUAGCCUGUCUCCCCCACCCCCCAAGUCUCUCCUGUCUCAUUAUGUCUCCUCUGCUCCCCUCUGCCUUCCCAACUCUAUCAUGAGCUCCAAGAAAGUUUCAGGCAACAGUCAAGGAAAGAAGAGUAAAAAGAAGCAAAGAAGGCAAAAAAAGCCUCUCGAGAGUGAGAUACUCGGGAUUCCGGAGGCAUGCAGCCCCAGCGUAGACAGCCAGCCUGGCUUCCUGGAUCCAAACUUGGAGGAUGUGCCUAUUUCCCCAGGACCCCCACCUACACCCCCUACACCAGUGUUACCCCCUCCAGGGCCACUUGGCUCUGACAAUGAGGAACAGGAAGAUCCUGUUGAUUAUUGUAAAGGAGGAUACUACCCAGUAAAAAUAGGAGACCUCUUCAAUGGCAGAUAUCAUGUUGUCCGAAAGUUGGGCUGGGGUCACUUCUCCACCGUCUGGCUUUGCUGGGACCUUCAGAGGAAGCGUUUUGGAGCACUUAAAGUUGUGAAAAGUGCAGUGCAUUACACAGAAACAGCCAUAGAUGAGAUAAAGCUGCUAAAAUGUGUUAGGGACAGUGACCCAAGCGACCCUAAAAGAGAGAUGAUCGUACAACUCAUUGAUGACUUCAAGAUAUCCGGUGUCAAUGGUGUUCAUGUCUGCAUGGUAUUGGAGGUUCUUGGACAUCAGCUGCUUAAGUGGAUCAUUAAAUCCAAUUAUGAAGGUCUUCCACUGCCAUGUGUUAAGUCUAUACUGCGACAGGUAUUGCAGGGCUUGGAUUAUCUACAUACCAAAUGUAAAAUCAUCCAUACAGAUAUUAAGCCUGAGAAUAUAUUAAUGUGCGUGGGGGAAGGGUACAUCAGACGAUUGGCAGCAGAGGCUACUGUGUGGCAGCAGUCUGGCGAACCUCCACCUUCUGGAUCUGCUGUCAGCUCUGCACCUCCUUCCCUCCAGAACAUGAAUGGAACGGUAUCUAAAAACAAGAAGAAAAAAAUUAAACGGCAACAAAAGCGCCAGCAAAAAUUGCUAGAAGAGCGACUGAAAGAUAUUCACAACAUGGAGGAACUAGGAUCUAGUAACGGUUGUUUCCUAGACGACUGUUGCCCGAGGCACAAUGAUCAGACCUGCAAUUGCCACCAGGGAAGCCAUAAAAAUGUUGACAGGAUGGAGAAUCCUAUCCCUUCUCUCCCUCCAGACAGUGAGGGUGCAGACUCCUCUCUGGGAAGCGGAGGUACCACAUGUCUUGCUCGGAGCCCUCAAUCAUCUGAAACAUAUGAGAACUGCAAUGGUUUUGAUAGAGUCCCUCGUUGCAUUAGCCCAGACACACACACCUCUGGCUUCUCCAGCUCAGCCUUUUCUGCCACCUCCGGCUCUGCCAUAUCUGGGUAUUCUGGAUGUCGAGAAAGAGGAGGAAUUUUAUCUCCAAACUUGUCAAUCAAAGCCACAGAUUUCCUGGUCAACCCUCUAGAACCACAAAAUGCUGACAACAUUUCUAUUAAAAUUGCAGAUCUGGGGAAUGCUUGUUGGGUGCACAAACAUUUUACUGACGACAUACAGACACGGCAGUACCGAGCCUUGGAGGUAUUGAUCGGUGCUGGCUAUGGACCCCCUGCUGAUAUUUGGAGCACUGCUUGUAUGGCUUUUGAGCUGGCAACAGGAGAUUACUUGUUUGAACCUCAUUCAGGUGAAGAUUACACACGUGAUGAAGAUCACAUUGCACACAUGAUUGAGCUUCUUGGAGAUAUCCCUCCGUACUUUGCACUGUUAGGCCGUUACUCCCGAGAGUAUUUUACACGUAGAGGAGAGCUUCGGCAUAUACACAAUCUCAAGCACUGGGGCCUGUUUGAUGUCUUGGUGGAAAAAUAUGAGUGGUCAUUGGAAGAAGCCACUCAGUUUUCAGACUUUCUGAUGCCUAUGUUAGAGUUUAUUCCAGAAAAAAGGGCCACAGCCGCUCAGUGCCUACAGCACCCCUGGCUUAACUGCUAGCCAAGUAUUUACUCUCUGGGAGGCUGUGUCAAGGGUAGCCGACAUCUGAAGACAUCAAUCUCAUAGAGAGAAGAACCGCUUCUACAGAUGAUGGCCUGUUUGAAUGUUUUUUUUUAUGAUUCAGAGUUAGAAUGAGUCAGAAAUAUCAAACAAAAGAAGCUACCUUUGGUUCAUAAUUAACGGUAUAAUUGUCUGAAUGGUAUCGUAAGUGAUUUGAAAGGUGAGGGCUUUAGAAUUUGUGUAUGAAAGGGUCUUUCAUUUCCCACAUUUAUGAGACUCUGAUUAUAAAAGGACUUUGAAACGAUGGGACCUAUUUUACAGAUUUAUUUAAAAGGAUUCCGAAGAAUUGUGCAGGGGUUAUGUGCAACUUGCAGUAACCAGUGGCAACCCAAUUUCAUCUUUCUAAUUUGACUAUAGUAAAUUUAAAUUUGAUUGGUUGCUGUGUGUUUUUUCACUGUAUUCAUAGUCAAUACAUUUUACCUUACCUUUGCCUUA